ACUGGGUCCAGUUACCAAUUAACCGAAUUCCUUUAAAUAAAUGAGAAAAGGCAUCCAGAGGACAGCUGGCACUGCCCUCUUCAGAGGUGGCCAGGCUCAAGUCCAGCGAGGCAUCCACCCACCUGCACCAGCACCCACCCACUGCACCCAGGUGCCUGGCCAGCAUGGCCCAGGCCCUGCGACCAGAUUUGCUUGUGGAUGAUGGCGAGGAUGGGAGGCCGCGGUGGGACAACAAGUUCCAGUACCUCCUGAGCUGCGUGGGCUUCGCCGUAGGGCUGGGGAACAUCUGGAGGUUCCCGUACCUGUGCCAGACCUACGGGGGAGGAGCCUUCCUCAUCCCCUACCUCAUCGCCCUGGUCUUCGAGGGAAUCCCUCUCUUCCACAUUGAGCUUGCCAUCGGCCAGCGCCUGCGCAGGGGCAGCAUCGGGGUGUGGACGGCCAUCUCCCCAUACCUGGGUGGAGUAGGCCUAGGCUGCUUCACUGUGUCCUUCCUGGUCAGCCUGUACUACAACACUGUGCUCGUGUGGGUGCUGUGGUACUUCCUCAACUCCUUCCAGCAGCCGCUGCCCUGGGCUGCCUGCCCACCCAACCUCAACAGGACAGGGCUGGUGGAGGAAUGCCAGGGCAGCGGCACUGUGAGCUACUUCUGGUACCGGCAGACACUGAACAUCACUGCUGACAUCGACCACAGCGGUGCUGUGCAGUGGCGGCUGCUCCUGUGCCAGGCUGCCAGCUGGGCAGUCGUGUACCUGUGCGUGAGCAGAGGCAUUGAGACCACAGGCAAGGCGAUCUACUUCACGGCCUUGUUCCCAUACCUGGUCCUGACCAUCUUCCUCGUCAGAGGCCUGACCCUGCCUGGGGCGACAGAGGGCCUGAUCUACCUGUUCACCCCCAAUGUGCAGAUUCUCCUGAACCCCCGGGUGUGGCUGGACGCGGCCACACAGAUCUUCUUCUCUCUGUCCCUGGCCUUUGGAGGACACAUCGCUUUCGCAAGCUACAACCCGCCCAGCCGGUUGUGUCCACAGCACCCCAGAUGGCCAGUGCUUGUGUCCAGGAACAACUGCAGGCGGGACGCCGUGAUCAUCGCCCUGGUCAACAGCAUGACCUCCCUGUACGCGUCCAUCACCAUCUUCGCCAUCAUGGGCUUCAAGGCCACCAGCGACCAUGGGCAGUGCCUGGACAGAAACAUCCUCAGCCUCAUCAACGAGUUCAGCCUGCCGGAGCAGAGCAUCUCCAGGGACAGCUACCCGGCCGCACUGCUGCACCUCAACGCCACCCAGCCGGGGAGGGUGGCCCAGCUGCCGCUGCGGGCUUGCCGCCUCGAGGACUUCCUGGACCAGAAGCUAGGCGAGGAGAAUGAGCCCUUGUCCCUGAGGGCUGGGCUGGUGCCCACAGCGAGGCCGCGUGUGUUGCAGGGAGCCUCGGGCCCUGGCCUGGCCUUCAUCGUCUUCACCGAGGCCGUGCUGCACAUGCCGGGGGCCCCCGUGUGGGCCGUGCUCUUCUUCGGCAUGCUGUUCACCCUGGGGCUGUCUUCCAUGUUCGGGAACAUGGAGGGGAUCAUCACGCCGCUCCUGGACAUGGGCGUCUUGCCACGGUGGGUCCCCAAGGAGGUCCUGACUGGGCUGACCUGCCUGGUCUGCUUCCUCUCGGCCACUUGCUUCACGCUGCAGUCCGGAAGCUACUGGCUUGAGGUCUUUGACAACUUCGCAGCCUCCCUGAACCUGGUCACCUUCGCCUUCCUGGAGGUGGUCGGGGUCAUUUAUGUGUACGGCAUGAAACGGUUCUGUGCCGACGUGGAGUGGAUGACCGGGCAGUGGCCCAACAUCUACUGGCGGAUGUCGUGGCGGGCGGUGAGCCCCCUGCUGCUGCUGGGCAUCCUCCUGUCCUACAUCGCCCUGCUGGUCCACAGGUCACCCAGCUACAAGGCCUGGAACCCCCAAUACGAGCUGUUCCCGUUGCAGGAGGAGAAGCUCUACCCCGGCUGGGUGCAGGCUACCUGCAUGCUCCUGUCCUUCCUGCCCCUGCUGUGGGUCCCAGCAUCUGCGCUGGCCCAGCUGCUGGCCCGGCGCAGGCAGGAGGACACGCAGCUGGACACUGGCCUGAAACCGCAGGACAGCGGUGGUUGCUGAGGGGCCUGGGGCCAGGGCAGCUGGGGUGGGAACAGGGACUGCCCAGCCUGUAGCCACUCAGACCCAACCCCAUUACAUGCUCUUCACUGAG